AUGGCGCUGGCAGGUGAUCUCUAUGGUGACAAUGUUGAGAUCGUCACACGCUCAAAAAUGAAUCAGGGUACUUUCGAGGGCUGUUUCCGUAUUUAUCGUGAACCCCUGCCCCCCGAUGCGAUUGACAAAAGCAUUCCAUUCAACUGCGCUCAAGAUGGAUUCUUCUCCAUAAUCCCUGAAAAUAAUCCGAUAAAAGCUUUGAUAAGAGCUUAUAUAGUAAAGGCAGUGAACUUGACACCAGCGGACACGAGUAACACGUGCGACGCCUACAUUGUCAUGAGACUCGGAAAGCAGAAGUUUAACGAUAAGGAGCACUACGUAUCAAAACAGCUCAACCCUGUGUUCGGGAAGUGCUUCGAAUUCGUGGCAAAUUUUCCCAGCGAUUCCAUUCUGCACGUGCAAGUUUUCGAUUGGGAUCUCGUGGGAUCAGACGAUUUUAUUGGCGAAACUACAAUCGAUCUGGAGAACAGGUUCUACAGUAAACAUCGAGCCACUUGCGGAUUACCAAGAUCGUACGAAACAGAUGGACCAAAUGCUUGGCGGGAUGCUUUGACGCCAACAGAAAUUUUAAGUAAUUUAUGUUUAGAAAACGGCAUGGACGGACCUCAUAUCAGCAACAAGGAGAUUUGCAUUGACGAUGUAAUUUAUGAUUUUGAUGAAGACUUGAACGAUGAGAAAGCAAGCGAGGAGCAUAUGGCGCUUUGUAUCUUGAAUAAGUGGCAGGAGGUCUGCCCUCAAAAGUACCCCCUAGUACCGGAACACGUAGAGAUUCGCACACUUUACCAUCCAUCCAAACCGGGAGAAUCACAGGGACAACUCUAUAUGUGGCUUGAUAUCUUUCCUGAAGAUACUGUUCCUCCAAAUGUGCCCAGAGAUAUAGCAAUAAGAAAGCCGAUUGGUUAUGAACUUCGAGUCAUAAUAUGGAACACAGAUGAUGUGACAUUAGCUGAUGAUGCGUUUUUUACUGGAGAGAAAAUGUCAGACAUUUAUGUUAAAGGGUGGUUGACGGGGAAAAGCGACGAACAGACCACAGAUGUUCACUACAGAUCUUUAACCGGAGAAGGAAAUUUCAACUGGCGAUUUGUGUUCCCCUUCAACUACCUCCCUCUGGAACGACAUAUAACCAUCAUGAAGAAGGUGUCCUUGUUUUCCUGGGACGAUACUGAAUUCAAAAUUCCGCCCGUGCUUAACCUUGAAGUUUGGGAUGCUGAUCAGUUCUCGAAAGACGAUUAUCUUGGAGAAUUGCGACUUAAUCUCAAUAAUUUCCCUCGAGGUGCGAAAACAUCUCGAUUGUGUGACGUGAAAAUGCUGGAGACAGAUGGAAGCGUUCCUCAUAUGUCCCUUUUCAAGCAGAAAAGAACGAAAGGAUGGUGGCCAUUUUUUACUCGCAAAAAUGGAAAGAUGGAGCUUUCGGGAAAAGUAGAAAUGGAACUUCAGUUGUUGCCAUCUGCAGAAGCCAGCAAAGCCCCUGUUGGAAAAGGACGAAAAGGACCAGAAGCUCUUGAAAUGCCAGAGAGACCUAUUACGUCGUUCCACAAUUUUCUGCACCCACUGAAAACCUUCCGAUACGCUUUCUGGAGAAACUACAAAUGGAAAAUUUUGCGUGUGCUGUUUAUUAUCGCUUGCGCUCUACUUAUUGCUCUGUUCGUCUACUCUGUUCCUGGCUACAGCGUGAAAAAGCUUCUUGGGGCGUGAGAGAAUUGAACUUCGUUACCUUUAUCACCCUGGAAGAACUACUAGCUGCCUCUCUUGAUUAAUACGUACAAAUAAAUGUAAUAGA